CCGCCAGCUAUAAAUAUGAACCGCAAUUCCAUCAUAGCCAAAGUCUUCGAGAUGAAUCCGAUCGUUGCAUUAGUAACCUUCUCCGCCUUGGCGAGCGCCAUCUUGGCUCUGCCUACCAAUUCUUCCGUCGACGCGACCUGUACUGUGACGUCAUACGACGAUGUAGCCAGCGCAGUGUCCAGCUGCACCACUCUCACCAUCAGCGGUAUCACCGUUCCGGCCGGCGAGACCCUCAACCUUAAUCUGAAGAGCGGCACCAGUCUGACCCUCUCGGGAACCAUUAAGUUCGGGUAUUCGGAAUGGAAAGGACCUUUGGUAACUAUUAAGGGUAGCAAGGUCACCGUCACCGGCGCCUCUGGUUUCAAAUUCGACGGGGACGGUGCCAAAUACUGGGACGGUCAAGGAGAUAAGGGCAAAGUUAAACCCAAAUUCGUCAGGGUUCAGACCACCGGAGGUUCGGUACUCAAAGGCAUCAACCUGUUGAACUGUCCGCAUCAGUGUGUGUCGAUCAACAGCGCAGACAGCACGACUCUGCAAAACUGGAACCUCGACGUGUCCGCAGGAGACAAAGACGAUUUGGGCCACAACACCGAUGGUUUCGACAUCUCCUCCUCCACCAACAUCAACAUUCAGACGGCCACCGUGAAGAACCAGGACGACUGCGUCGCCAUCAACCAGGGCUCCAACAUCUACAUCUCUGGCUUGACCUGCUCUGGCGGUCACGGUCUGAGCUUGUCCGUCGGUCAGAACUCCGGAUCUGACAACACCGUCAACAACGUCACCUUCAUCGACUCUUCGGUUUCGAACUCCCGCAACGGUAUCCACGUCAAAACCCACACGGAUGGUGGUACCGGCUACAUCAAGAAUGUCGUCUACAAGAACAUCCAGAUGUCCGGAAUCACCCGUUACAUUAUCAACGUCCAGGAAGAUUACGCAGGCGGCAGUUCAACUGGUAACCCGAAGGCCAACAUCCCCAUCACCGGUCUGGACAUUUCCGGAAUAACCGCCACCACCAGCGGAUCCGACUGCAUUCCCGUAUACAUCUUGUGCGCCAGUGGAGGCUGCAGCAGCUGGACAUGGGGCUCCAUCUCAUACAGCGGCUCCGCCAAGGCCAACAGCUGCACGAACUACACCCCCUCCGGAUUCAGCUGCAAAUAAACUUAUAACGGAACCUUGCUAUCGUAAUAAAUAUUUAUGAAAAACGUUGG